AUGGUAGCAACCCUCAUCACAAGCAUUCUUUCUGUCAUAGAUGAUGUAGAGUACAGACUUAAAGUGAGUACCUUUCGGAUUUCUGACCAUGAGACUUUAAUAUUUAAGUUAAGGAAUCUCAAAUUGUUUGUUCUUUCUGCCAAAAGUUUGGGCAAUGAUACAAAUCUGAAAUCUUUCUUGGAGAAGAUUAAAGAUACUGUUCUCAGAAAUGCAAAGCUUAUUCAAUGGCGUAGUUUUCGGGUUUUUUCCCUCACUUACGACAUUGAUGCUUUGGAGGAUGAGAUAGAUAAAUGGUAUGCCACUCUUUUAGACAUCAAUCCGCCAUCAAAUUCUCUCACGACGGAUGAUGUCUUGGAAAUCAUUAGCUCCUUCCUGAAGAAUGUUGACCCCUUUAUCCAGAAUUUUAAACAUGAAUUGAAAGAAGCAAUGGAAGUGUUGGUAGAGCAUAUGACAUUCUUGAGUUCUCUCAUCCUCUUUGCCACACACAGAAAUUCUGAACUACGAGAAGAUUUGAGUUUGUGGGCUCAUGCUGCAACUGCUGCUGUUAGUGCAGCAUAUCUACUUACACCUGGAGCUUACAAGUUUCAUGGAGGCAAAUAUAAAGAAGAAUCUGGGAUUAAGAUUUCAACAGUGGUGCAAAAGAUCAAGCCUAUUGAUCCUCAAGUCAUUUCGGCCUAUACUAAAGCCUUGAGCAGUUCAAAGUCGGCGACGUGCUUACAUGCUCCCACUAAUCAAGGCGUAGAUGAUGAAGCUCUUCUUGCAACUCAAAAUCUCCUUCACUCUCUCAUAUGUGUUCUAUGGGAUGAGCUACGAGUAAAUACUCGUGUCGUGGUUCAUGUGAAGGAUCAAGGGCAAGAGCUGUAUGAAGGACUCAGAUAUUUGAGAAAAACUCUUCUCAGGCAGCAGAAGCUGCCAAAUCAUUUCAAUAUGAAAGUCAGGGAAGACAGUUUUGAUGUGGUAUGUGAUGCCGGAAUCUUGUAUUGUUCAUUGUACCAGACAGAUAUGGAAACAGACACUGGACUUCAGGAUGUAUUAGCAGCAAUCAAAUACAUUCAGGCAGAACUUGAGGAGGAAGAAUCACUGGUAACAGCAUUCAACUUUUGUAGUACUACUCAACUGGAAUUUGUUGAUAUUCUAUUAGGCCAAUUGACAGAGCAGAUUAGCUGUGAAUCUGAAACAACACCCAAAAUUCGUACUCAAAUCAUACGAGACGAACUUGUCUCCUUCAGAUAUUUUUUAGGGGACAUUGUGGAGUUGCGCCAUGAACGGGAAGAGCUCCAAAUUCUUUGGGAUCGUAUUUUGGAGGUGGCAUAUGGUGUUGAGUAUCUCAUUGACUACCUUGUGGUUGAUGAUCCUCCAUAUUCCUUCUCAACAGCAUUUGAUCUCAUCAUGAAAGAUAUCAACAAGAUUAAACCACAAAUCAAAGCCAAGGAUCAAGAAGCCCAAGUGAACCAAAUAAAUAAGACACAGAUUUCUGUAUCAUCAAAAAGAAGUACUCCCUUAAAGACAAAGGACAUUGUAGGCUUCCACGAUGAGACACAAAAGAUACUGCGCAGACUCACUAGAGGAUCAAAGGAAUUGAGGAUCGUGGCCAUUGUAGGCAUGCCAGGACUAGGUAAGACCACUUUGGCGGAAAGAGUUUACAAUGAUCCUUCCGUUUCAUAUCAUUUCUCUGCCCGUGCAUGGAUUACUGUUUCCCAAACAAUGGACAGAACGAAAGUUCUACUUAACCUAUUAGCUCAGGUUGCUCCCGACAGAAAUUCCGAGAUUACUUCCAAGAUGACUGCGGAUGAUGUAGCACAAGAGUUGUGGCGCAGUCUGAAAAAAAGGCCGUAUCUCAUUGUUUUGGAUGAUAUAUGGGAUGAUGAGGCAUGGGAAAGCUUCCAAAACACGUUCCCAAAUGACUUUGUUGGAAGUAGAAUUAUGUUGACAAGUCGCCGUCACAACAUUGCUCGGCGUGGGCUGCCUGACGAAGAACCUCAUGAACUGAGACCACUCAAUCAAGAAGAGAGCCUAGAUUUACUACAGAGAGAGUUAUUCUGUGGAAAUGGUUGGCCCAGUGGAUUAGUUGGUCUUGACCUGAAAAUUGCUGAAAUUUGCAAUGGAUUGCCUCUGACAAUUGUCGUUGUAGCAGGCUUUCUGAAAUCCACGAGUCCAGAGGAACAAAGAUCCAUUGGGGGAACAAAAGCCUGUCGCAUUCAUGACCUGGUUCAUGAGUUUUGCUUCCAAAAGUCCAAAGAGGAACAUUUUCUCCAUUUCCUAGAAGGAGAUGAUGAGCUUCCAACAUUCAGGGAGCCAUGCAGGCAAUGGCGGUUAUGCAUUCGCUCCAGGCAUCGACAUUUGAGAAAGUCGAAGAUAUUUUGUCCUCGUGCUCGUUCUCUGCUUUUCAACUUUGACAGGUAUGGAGUAAAGGGUGAUAUCUCGUUCAUGAUGCACAUUUGUAAGCUUCUGAAAGUGUUGGAUUUGGAGCAGACAAGAUUAGACGGGGGGGUUCCAAGUGAAAUAGGAUUGCUUGUUCGGUUGACCUUCAUUGCAAUUAACUGCCCGGUUGACAGCAUCCCGCCAUCGGUAAGUAAUCUGUAUAAUUUGGAAACUUUCAUUCUCAAGAGUGUGAUGUCCAAUCAAAGAUUGCCAUACAGUUUAUGGAAUUUGAGGAAACUAAAGUAUCUUCACAUACAUGGUACAAAUUAUAACUGUUAUGCUAUUCUCCCCAUGGAAAAUCUCGACGAGUCAUGCCAAUUUUAUGAGUUGGAAAGGCUCUCAGGUUUGGCUGUUCCUGACCUGAGCAGCAUGGUAAAGCUAAUGAAAAAGUUUCCAAACAUCCGCCAGUUGAAGUUUGAACUCAUGAGCUUUGGUGAUGGUAUAGUAAAUGUUGUCAAUGUGGUAGUUCCUGAAUUCUUGCAACAGUUGGAAUCGCUUCACAUAUCACAAGGUUUCAGAGUGCCUCAGGGCACCCUGAUCGAGUUCAAUCUACCCGAAAACUUGAAGAAACUGACGUUGAGGCGGUUUGAUGUGUCUGGAAGGAGCCUUUCAACAAUUGGUGAAUUGCCAAGCCUUGAAGUCCUGAAACUACAGGAAGUCGUGUUCGAAGGACGAAGGUGGAGUAUGGAAGAGGAGGAAUUCAGCAAACUGAAAUUCCUGAAGCUGUCGUCCUGGAAUCUUCGCUGGUGGAGUGGUUCUGAUGAUCAGUUUGGCUCUCUUGAGAAUUUGGUGUUGUCUGAUUGUCCGCACCUGGAAGAGAUACCUGAUUGUUUCGAAAACAGUUCGACGCUUCAAAUGAUCAAGGUUAGGGGUUGCAUUGAGGCUGUAAAAGAGUCGGUGACAAAAAUUUGGGAAGCACAGAAGGAUUGGGGAAAUUCAGAUCCGAAGAUCAUCGUUAAUCAGUAA